UACUACUUAGCGGCAUACAGGUCCCAGAGGCAGGGAUACUGCAGUCUUCAUAGUAUCAACUUCCGUAAAGUAGAUAUGGGUGAAAACUACGUUGAUGCUUUGGAUCUGGAGAAACUAGUACAGUGUCUGUAUGACAAGAACCACCAAAUAAGAGCAUGUAGGUUCCCCUAUCACCUCAUCAAAUGCCACAAGAAUCACCCUGAUAUUGUGGAGCAGCUGGUGACAUGCCCCUUUAAUGCCCUCCACCAGGUCCCAAGAGCAGAGGUCAGCCAACACAUAUCCAGCUGUGAUGACAAAAGAAUCAUUGAGCAGGAUAUUGCAAGUCAGUCGGGCAACUACAGAAAAGAACCAAACGUGGUAAGCACAUGGCAGUCUCCUCCAUGCAAAGAAGAUUGGGACAAAGAUUUAGGAGACCAAUCGGUUUUCAUCUGGGACAUGAGCCGCUGUGAGACAAACAGUUCUGAAUUGAGCACAACCAUGGGGCAUAAGAACCAUCUGUGUUCAGGUGUCCAAGUCCCCAGGUCCUUGCUGCCAUGGAAGAGCAAAGCAGGAAAUUGA